CCCCCGGUGUCACCGCCCGCAGCACCGAGAGCUGCGCAACCCCGCCCGCUCGGCAGUGUCCUGCUGAGAUGGCGAGUGCAGAGCCCGACUCUGAGGAUGCAGCUGAGGAUGAAGAGGCCGUGUACGAGGUGAUGCCCUGUGACAGGAUGGAGCUGAGCCAGCGCCUGGCCGUGGAGGAGCUCAUCACCACCGAGGCCAGCUACGUGCACAACCUCCAGCUGUGUGUGUCAGACAUCCGGGCACACCUCCAGAACAAGCAGCUGCCUGAGCUCGACCUGGAAGGACUCUUCUCUAACACCGAUGAAAUCCUCCAUGUCUCCAGACGGUUUCUGAAGGGUCUGGAGGCCACGGCCGGCCAGGGCCAGGAGCAGCUGCUCUGCAUCAGCACCCUGUUCCAGGAGUUCAAGGAAGAGAUGGAGACUGUCUACAAGAUCUACUGUGCCAGCUACGACCACGCCCUGGAGCUGGUGGAGAGCUACCGCAGGGACCCCCGGCUGCAGGGGGAGAUCCUGGACACCCUGAAUGCCACCGUGCCUCACACGGGUGCGUCAGACCUCAGCUUCUUCCUGGUGAUGCCCGUGCAGAGGGUCACCAAAUACCCUCUGCUGCUGGGGAAGAUCCUGGAGAACACCCCGAGCAGUGCCAGUGCCCACUCAGCCCUGCAGGCAGCGGUUCGUGCCAUGGCCCAGGUCAAUGCCAACAUCAACGAGUACAAACGGCGCCGGGAAGUGGCAACCAAAUACAACAAGGCUGAGCACCUGACGCUGCGGGACCGCCUGGCACGCCUCAACACCCACUCCAUUGCCAAGAAAACCACGCGCCUCAGCCGGCUCCUCAUGCACGAGGCUGGCAUCGUGGCCAAGACUGAGGACAAGGAAUAUGAUGACCUGGAAGAGAAGUUCCAGUGUGUGGCAUCCAGUGUGGCCACGCUGAAGGAGAACGUGGCAUCCUACCUGGGCCAUUUACAGGCGUUCCUGCUGCCCACCCCACACCAGUGUGACCUGCAAAUGGACGAGGGACCCGCCCAGCAGCAUCGCCGCCUCUCUGAGCUCCUCCAGAGCUCCGUUUUCCCAGAGUUUAAGCAGCGUGUGGACAGGCUGGUGUGGCAGCCCCUGUGCAGCCUCUCAGCCAUGCUGGAGGGGCCCCAGCAGCUGGUCAAGAAGCGCCUGGACAAACUGCUGGACUACGAGGAGAUCCAGGAGAGGAAGAGUGAGAUGGGCAGCGUGAGCUAUGAUGAGGAGGCAGCCAUGAACACCUACCUGGCCAUCAAUGACCUGCUGGUGGCUGAGCUGCCCCAGUUCAACCAGGUGGCCCUGCAGCUCCUGGGGCAGAUCCUGCGCUCCUUCAGUGCCCUGCAGCUGGAUUUGGCUGCCCAGGUCCUGCACCAGGCAGAGAAGGAGCUGCAGCAGCUGCCCCAUGGCCACAUGCCCCUGCCCAGCUUCUGGAAGGUGGUGGAGGACACCCUGCAGCAGUCAGGUGCAAAGCUCCGUGCCUUCUGCCAGGCCUUUGAGACUGUCACACCGAGCCCUGGCACACAGCCUCUGACCCCUGCUGAGGAGAGGAAGGUCCUUUCCCUUGUGAGCAAGCACGGCCCAGACAAGCUUUACCAAGUGACCAGCAACAUCAGUGGCAGCAGAGACUUGGACCUGACCUUGCUGAGGGGACAGAUCGUGGCUCUGCUGCAGAGCUCUGACACCAAGGGGAACACGAGCAGGUGGCUGGUGGAUGCUGGAGGUCCCCGAGGGUUUGUUCCUGCUGCAAAACUCCGGCCCUACAGCCCCGUACAAGUCCAGCAGCCUGGGAUGCAGCUGCUGUCCCUGGACAGUGGCACAGAGAGAAGGAGACAUUCCUAUGCAUCCCCUGAAGCUCCCAGGCCACAGGUGGCCACCUUCACCCCAACAUUCCAGGUGGUCGCUGGCUUCUCCUUCACAGCCAGGAGCCCGCAGGAGGUGACCCUGCAGGCAGGGCAGCCCGUGCUGCUGCUGGAACCCCACGACAAGAAGGGGAGCACAGAGUGGAGCCUGGUGGAGGUGAAUGGCCAGAGGGGCUAUGUACCCUCCAGCUACCUGGUGACCGUCCCCGUGCAGGACCCUGCGGGCUGGAGCUUGCCCGUGUGAGCGUGGCCAGCCCACAGCAAGGGCACAGGAUGGGAGCAGCCAGCUU